GCCAAGAGGUGUAUAUUAAUUCGGCAUGGUCUUGGACCUGUUUCGUGGUGCCGGGAGGAAUGUUAUACAGCUGGCAUUCACUUGUGACCACAUUAUCGCCAUCGACUUGGAUCUAAAGAAAAUAGCUUUGGCCAAGAAAAAUGCAGAGAUUUACGGAGUGGCCUAUUGGAUAGAUUUUAGGGUUGGAAAUCCUUUCUUGGUGGCCGCUAACCUCAGGAUGGACGCCGUUGUCACCUCACCGUCGUGGGGCGAUCCCGGGUACGAAAGGCGAGUAAAUUUUGACGCCAGAGACCUUUGUAGGCGUGAAACUGAUGGCACGUGCAGUUGCGCCCAGGGUGGUUCAGCACGCACCGAAAAAUAUAGAUAAAGUCCAAGUAUGCGUUAUGCGAUUUCGUAACAUAAUAAUAAUAUAACAACGUGUGACGUGUACAAUACUUAAUAUUACUUCUAACCUCGAGACAGUGAAAAUGUCAUAUUUUGGUUAAAAAUAGAUACUAUUUAUACGGGAUUUUCAAAUAACUACUGCAAAUGAUAAGUGAUAUUAUAGAAACCUG